CAAGCAAUCUCGCUGGUAAAGGGCGCUCAUCUCUCUUUGAAGCAGACCACUUCACCCGCGCGCCGUACCGAUCACGCAGCUUCUAUCGAGUGCCCCAAUUCCAGUCUCGUCGACGCCGUCUUUUUUCGAAGCAUGGGGCGUAACGUUGACCAGGAUGUCCAUGCGGCAUUCGUCGAGUUCAAGGCCAAAGAGGACGAUAAAUGCAUGUCUGUUCAAUGCAUCUAUUGCCAACAGAUCCGUGCAAAGAACACCUCGCGCCAGAAGCAACAUCUGCUCGAGUGCCCUGGCCUGCAGAACCAUCCCAAUGCCCCUCGCCCACAACCUUCUCCCAAAGAUGCCGUCGGCGCUUCCAACGGCUUCGGCACGCCCUCCAUCUCCCACAGCUCGACCACCCCCAUGAACAAUAGCCUCGCUGGCAGUAGCACUCCCAUGCAAGGCAUCUCAAACGGUACCAAGAUCCCACAACCAGCCGACUCUACCACCCCGAUCCAACGCCACACUCCAAAGCCCCCAAAGACCCCCAAGAGUACCCCUGGCUCCGGCCUCCCCAUCCUGCCUCUCGACGACGUCCACGCUGCCUUUGUUGAGUUCAGAGCCAAAGAGGAGGACAAAUGUCUGUCGGUGCAAUGCAUCUAUUGUAACCAGAUCAGAGCGAAGAACACAUCGAGACAGCGCCAGCACCUCCUUGAAUGCUCAACAUACCAAAAUGUCAUGCAGGAAUCAAUACCUGCCAACAACCUUCUUCAUAGAUUCGAUGAAAGUGACAUUGCCCGCUCUCUUCGCCUACCGACCCCGUCUCUUGACCUCGACUUCCGCAUGAGCAUCAAGGUCAAUCCCAAAAUUGGUGUUGGACGAGGUCUGUUUGGUCAUCGCGACUGGGUCAGCAUUGUCGGGGGACAAUGGGCUGGACGAUGGGGUAAAGGCAUUGUCAUUCCUGGCGGACAAGACAAUCAGCUGAUGGUGGAGGACCUUUCAACACACAGCGAUGCCAGCUACCUGCUCCAAACCAACGAUGACCCUCCAGCGUACAUCACAGCGAAAUCCAGAGGAUGGCGCACAGGUCCUAAAGAGAUUCUCCAACGGCUCAACGACCCGGCGGUGACAGACUCCGUCCCAGCCAACCAAUACAAGUUCCGCACCACUCUCGAGCUCGAGACCGGCGAUGAGAGGUACGCGUUUUUGAACACCUGUCUUUGGGUGGGAUGUGGAUGUCGGAGAGUUAGUGAUAUCGUUUAUGAUGCUUAUCGGGUCGGCUAGAGUCCUGAGCCUGAAGACCUCACUCCUGCAGGCGCUUCAUUGUUAUUUUUUGAGGAAAUGCUUCGGGCCUACGAGGAGAGUGUAAGUCUGGCCAUGGUCGAAUGCGAACCCGGGCUGUAUUUGUGAAGUGUGGAAAUGGUUGAUUCUGCAGGGCCAAGCGGUGAUGUUCGAAUCAUGUCCUCAUUAUGUAUUGCUAGGGCGCUCAACGGCGACAGGGCAACAGCCGCACAACAGCGGCGGCACAGGACAGUCUGCUUAUUCUCCAGUUACGUCCGCUCUGUCUGGCGCCUUGGUUGUAUUUUACGGAUGCACAACAGUCUGUUAGCGAGCAGGCAGGACGGCCCUUUCGUCUCGAUCUGAGGUUAUUUAUUACAUGAGCAGGGCGGCCGUGUCCGACCGCCAUUACAGUAGCAUAUUAUGAAGCACAGGGUUCAAUGACGGGCAACAAUGUAUGAGUCGGAAACUUGUUCAUCAGCUCCCUUUCCGCCGAUCCGCUGGGACUGCCUGUUCCCAAUUUUCCCUUUCCCUUGGCUUACAGUCGAGAAAAAUCGAGAGGUUGUUUGCAAAGUGACCUGAUAUUACAUUUUGC